UUGCAACAAUAUUUCACACAGCUGUGUCCAACACUGGCAACCAAGAACCGUACCGCAAGUUAGAUAUCCACUAAUUAAGAAUCGAUGCUGUAUCCUUUAAUUAUAAAUCGAAACUGGCAUGUAACUUCGCAGAAUGGCUCACUUCAUUUUACGUAUUUUCCAGAUUGCGUGUUCCAGCAUGAAUAGUCGAUUUGAAAGCGCCACUUCAGUCGUACAUUUCUCAUUCGCCUUUGAUUCUUUAUGCAGAAAUUAUAGAUUCUCGGAAGAAUUUAAUUAACGCAAUUCACUCUUUGAAUUAAAUAAAUCGUCAACCGUGGUUUCACCUAUUGCUUGCAAUCGUUUGCGUGACAGAUUCAAAGAAUCAAUUUCGUGUGGUUGUUCCUUGAAUAUCGACUAUGAAACGGAAUAUCUAAUGACAGUAAUCGUCCCUGUUGAGCGAAUCUUCAAUGUUCUACAAUUGAUAGGUCUGGCUAAACUUCAUAGGCCAGUCUUUGGGAAGUAGUCGUGGAAAAUACAUUGAAACAUUGAAAAUCUCGGCAUGGAUAGUACUCAAUAUGAGUACUUGAGACUCAAUAAGUACCUUCUAUUUACGAUCGGCAUCUGGCCGUAUCAAACUACUCUGCAAAGGAGUUUGGUUGCAAUCGUUUUCAUUCCCAUCAUUGUUGCUCAAGUGAUCCUACAGGGUGGCGGAAUGGUGACUGCCAUAACUGCCAACGACAUAGACUCGGUUCUGGAAGGCUUCGCGCCUUUUAUGAUCAGUUUGAUGUGCCUCGCAAAGUAUAUCAAUUUCUUUUACAAUUUCAAACAGAUGAAACGUUUGCUGGAUAUAAUGCGAGAAGACUGGGUAAUUUAUAAAAAACUGAGAACCGAGUACGAUCUUCUUUGUGAACAAUACGCGAUAGGAAAGAAAAUUACUAUCAGUUUUGUAGCUUUCUUAUUCGGAUUAAUAACACCGUUCGCGGCGAUGCCAUUGCUGCUGAAUGCAGCUGACGCUUUAGGACUCUGCAAUAUAUCCGACGACCGACCGUUGGCGUUUCGUGUUGAACAUUUCGUCGACGUGGACAGAUACUACUUUCCUCUUUUGGUGCACUCGUACAUUGGUACUUUAGCGUACACCGCAAUUGUUUUGGGUAUCAACUCGAUAAUAGCUGUCUAUGUUCUACACGAGAGUGGACUUUGCGAAGUUUUAAGAUUCAAACUAGAAAACUUCGUGGAAAGCGACGUGAUGGACGUGAAACUACAUGCCAAUAAACGCGAUGAUAAAUGGUACCAAAAUGCCAGGGACUGCGUAAUAUUGCACAAACACAUAAUCGAAUUCGCUAAUAUACUCGAGGACGCAAAUACAACGUCUUACUUGCUUCAGAUAGGAUUCAACAUGAUUUGCGUAAGCUUCACACAGUUCCAGGCGGUAAUAAACAUACAAGAAAACGCAGCCUUGGCUUUUAGAUAUAUCUCGGUGACGAUUUCCUUGCUAUGCGAUCUUCUGUUCGUAAGCUGGCCAGGACAACAGCUGUCGGAUUCCACCGAACGUAUAUUCGAAUUUACAACAAACGGCAAAUGGUAUCUAUCAUCGAUUAAUUGCAGGAAGCUUUUAAUGAUGAUGCUAUCGAAAAGCAUAACGCCUCUGAAAUUAACAGCCUACAAAUUCUACACUUUAAAUUUAGAGAGUUUUAGCGCGGUAAGAUUUAUUUUCUACAUUGAUCAUUCCCUAAAUCGUCGUGAAGUCAUUCUCAAAUUUAAUGAUCAUUCAGGUCCAUAUCAUAUCUUAAUCAUAAAUACCAAAUUUUAUACAUAUAUCACUGUUAACAAUUAA